GUCCUCCAAGUGCGCAUGCGUGCAGUCUGCGCGGGAAAGAGUGCCGCCUCAGCUGAGGGCAAGCGAGGAGAUGGCUGUGAGGCAGGCGGCGACGGCGGGCACUCCCGGGCCCAGGAGAGAGGAAGAGGCGGCGCUUCUAUUCGAGAGGGCCCAUUACCGGCACGACCCGCGCUGGCUGCUGCCCGUGACCCCCCGCCUGUGCCUGGCCUGCGCGCUGGAGCUGCUGCCGGACCCCGGCGUGUCGUGCGCAAGAAGCACAUGUUGUCCUGCUUCCAAGAUGCCCUUGUGAGGCAUACCUCCCUGGUCACGCAACUGGUGUCUCAGGAUCAGAGAGUCUGCAUCCACUUCAUAAGUGUGCUUUUUGGACUAUUAUGCAGCAUGGAAGAUGGGAGUGUGACAAACCUCUGUAUUGAAGUCCUUAUUCAGAUCACAACGCACCUGAAGCUGGAGCAGACUAUCCAUUGCCUGCUGGAUGAGUGCCACAAAGAGCUGUGUAACAUGCCCUCCAUGCGAGGCAGCCUGGCCACCCUGACCCUUCUUGGCAAGUUGGUGGAUGCCAUCCCUGCUCUGGCAGACGAGCUUGUAAUGGAGCAUGGCAACCUGAUGGAGCAUCUGUUGAGAGGCUUAGUAUACCCCAGUGAGGGCAUACAAGCUUCUGUCUGUUACCUUUAUGGGAAGCUAUACUCCUCACCAGUGGCAGCUGAGAUGCUUUCAGGACACUUCCGGGAGAAGCUUUUUCCCCUCUUCCUUUCCAUCCUGGAUGGUGCCCAGACAAAGGAGCUGCAGAUUAACUGCUUGGGUUUGCUGAGGCAGCUGUUGAAGUAUGAUCUCUUUGUGUCCAUGAUCAUGAACCAGGAUGGAAUGGAAGAAAGUGCUAAGAAUAUCGAAGGUUCAUCAGGAAAUACCUCACUGCCUUUGGUGCUCAAAAAGCUUCUCCUCUCUAGAGAUGAAACCCUGCAGGUGGCCAGUGCUCACUGUAUAACUGCGGUGCUUGUCCACUCCCCAGCGAAGCAUGCCCCAGCCUUCAUCCACGCUGACAUCCCAGAGUUCCUCUUUGAGCAUCUUUCUUCUUCCAGUGAAGUGCUCGUCUGGUCCAGCUGUAACUGCUUGACACUCCUGGUAGAAGAGCCACUCUUUUUUUCCAAGUGCCACACGGUGUAUGGGAUCGAGGCAGUGGUGAGGAGCCUGCAGGGAAGCCUGAAGAUGAACAACAUAGAGCUGCACAAGCAGGGCCUGCUGCUUUUUGCUGAAAUCCUGACCCGGCAGCCAGAGGAGAUCAAGCUGUUCACAAGCUCAGCCAUGUGCAGAGAUGCUGGCCGUGCCCUCCAAGAAGCAGUUAGUAGCCCUGUGCUGGAGGUGGCUGCUGAGGCCUUGAAGGCCACUUCUGCUUUUCUGAGGAAGGACCAUCAGAGCACUCCACCUGUGCAGUAUGGGGAACUGCGGGCUUUGCUAGAAGCCAUGCUAAACCGAUGUGCGGAGUUUUCCCAGACCUUGCUGAGCAGGAGGCCCCUGGGCCAUGCCUCCAGUAGAGAUUCAGAGAAGGCCAUUCUUCAAAGGGGAAAGUUCCUCCUGAGCACUCUGGAGGGAUUUAGAAGUGCCUGCAGGUUGGCUAUAGAAUUCCAGAGUGAGCCUUCAGCCCAGGAGAAUCCAUUCACAGCUCCCAGCGCCAAGAAGGAAGACACCUUGGAGGCCUUCUCAGAAUUUCUUCUCAGUGCCUGUGACUCGCUGUGUAUCCCCAUGGUGAUGAGACACUUGGAGCAGACCACCCACCCAGCUUUGAUGGAAGUUUUCCUCUCAAUUCUACAUAACCUCUUUGUCAUCGUUCCCCACAUGAAGGAGAAGUUUUCCAAGAAGCUUGAGGAUCUAGUCUUGGGGCGCUGGAUGAGAGCUUCCUCAUCCUUCAUACGACUGACCCUGGAGCUGAAGGCCAGGUUUUGCAGUGAUCUGAGUCACUCAGCCCUAAACCAGGUGUGUUCCAAUUUCCUCUACUAUAUGUGCCUCAACCUUCUCUCAGCUCCAGAGAAGACAGGACCACCUUCCAAAGAAGAACUCUCUGCAGUGUCUGAGCUCCUGCAGCAUGGGCUGCCCCAGAUAAGCAGCAGGAGCCCUGAAAGCCUUGCCUUCCUGUCUGAUCGCCAGUACAUGGAGGGAGCUGCUCGCCAGAGACAGUACUGCAUCCUGCUCCUCUUCUACUUGGCCUACAUCCAUGAAGACAGGUUUGUCUCAGAGGCAGAGUUAUUUGAGGCUGUGCAAAGCUUCCUCCUGUCUCUGCAGGACCAGGGCGAGCGCCCCCCACUGGUGGUCUUCAAAGCCUCCAUCUAUCUGCUUGCAAUCUGCCAGGACAAAGACAAUACACUACGUGAGACUAUGGUCAGUGCAAUCAGAAAAUUCCUAGAAGGCAUCCCAGACCUGCAGCUAGUCUAUACUCACCAUCCGCUCCUGCUCAGGUUCUUUCUGUUGUAUCCAGAGCUCAUGAGUAGGUAUGGGCACCAUGUCCUGGAACUUUGGUUCUUCUGGGAAGACAGCAGCUAUGAGGAACUGGAUGAUGUCACCUCUGCUGGGCAGCCCGCCCUUCCUGCCAGCUUAGUAGUCCUGUUCCAGUUGCUCAGAAGCAUCCCCAGCAUCCUGCUCAUCUUGCUGGACCUCAUCUAUUCCAGCCCAGUGGACACAGCUCACAAGGUACUGAAUAGCCUGAGGACCUUCCUGAGGAGGAAUGAGGAUAUCCAAGUGGGCGGUCUUAUCCGAGGCCACUUCCUGCUGAUCCUGCAGCGUCUGCUAGUGGAGCAUGGGGCAUCCCCAUCAGGAGCCUCGGGGAACCUACCAUUGCUGCUGAGCCUCCUCUCCCUGAUGCAGCUCAGGAAUGUGUCAGAGCAAGAACUGGACAGCGUGGCCAUGAAGCUCCUUCACCAAGUAAGCAAGCUGUGUGGGAAGUGCAGCCCCACUGACGUGGACAUCCUGCAGCCCUCCUUCAACUUCCUGUAUUGGAGCCUUCAUCAGACCACACCCAGCAGUCAGAAAAGAGCUGCUGCAGUGCUCCUGAGCAGCACAGGCCUGAUGGAGCUUCUGGAGAAGAUGCUGGCCCUCACCUUGGCAAAGGCAGAUUCUCCCAGGACUGCACUCCUCUGCUCUGCCUGGCUGCUCACUGCCUCCUUCUCUGCCCAGCAGCACAAGGGCAGUUUGCAGGCUUCCAGAACAUGGGGGUUAGCCCUUUACCCUGUGCCCUGCCAGGUUCACCAGACACUCUCUGUGGAAAUGGACCAAGUAUUGAAGGCUCUCAGCUUUCCAAAGAAAAAGGCUGCACUGCUCUCAGCUGCCAUCUUAUGCUUCCUGCGGACAGCCCUGCGACAAAGCUUUUCCUCUGCCCUGGUAGCCCUGGUGCCCUCAGGGGCCCAGCCACUGCCAGCCACCGAGGACACUGUCCUAGCUCCACUGCGAAUGUCGCAAGUCCGGUCCCUGGUCAUUGGGCUGCAGAAUCUCCUGGUGCAGAAGGACCCUCUAUUGUCCCAGGCCUGUGUUGGCUGCCUGGAGGCCUUGCUUGACUACCUGGAUGCCCGGAGCCCAGACAUUGCUCUCCACGUGGCCUCCCAGCCUUGGAAUCGGUUUUUGCUGUUUACCCUCUUGGAUGCUGGAGAGAAUUCCUUCCUCAGACCUGAGAUUUUGAGGCUCAUGACCCUGUUUAUGCGGUACCGGAGUAGCAGUGUCCUCUCUCAUGAAGAGGUGGGUGAUGUUCUGCAAGGUGUGGCUUUGGCUGACCUGUCUACCCUCUCGAACACCACACUCCAGGCCCUGCAUGGCUUCUUCCAGCAGCUCCAGAGCAUGGGACACCUGGCUGACCACAGCAUGGCCCAGACCCUGCAGGCCUCCUUGGAGGGCCUUCCCCCUAGCACCUCCUCAGGCCAGCCACCCCUGCAGGACAUGCUCUGCCUGGGAGGGGUGGCUGUAUCCCUGUCCCACAUCAGAAACUGAUCCUCAGGACUUGAAGGCCCAGAAGUGGAGAGAGAAUGAGACCUGGAGACAAAGGGCAUAAUUGUUGGGGAAAUGGAUGACAGCUGAAGCUAUUCAUAUGGAGCCAUAUACUCCAUUGUUGAAAUAGAAUAAGGAAAUAAAAUGAUACACUCACA